GGGAAAGAUGCAUGGGGAGCUCGUCGAACUCUUCCCGAACCUGGAGGGCAUCUCACUGGACCCCAUGCACCUGGCCUUCGCGGUGGACACCCACACAUCGAAGCGCCGGAUGCGGCCGACAGCCGUGGGCUUAAUCUUGCGCGCGGUGAUGGGCAAGUUCAGCGUGCCAGACAUCUCCCGCCGCAGCGAGCCCUUCUUCUGCGGCGGCCCGGCGCCGCGCGCCACGGCCGCGGAGAUGAGGUCCACCGAGCACAUUCGGAAUGGCGACCUUGGCUUCCGCACGGCCAAGAAGGCGUUGAAGGACAUGGACCCGAACCUUCCUAUGCGCUCGAGGGGAGAGUUAGCGGGGCUACUCGCGGCGGUGGUCCGCGUCUACCCCGAGAGGAUGGAUGUGAAGUACGACAAGGGCACGCUCCGCGCGCAGCUCGCGGCGGCGUGCCAGCCAGGGAGGGCCGAGUUCUACAUGAACAAUAUCCGCUUCCGGAGUCGCCUCACAGAGGCGCAGAACCAGGUCUUCGGGGUGGGGACCACGCGGAACGAGCAGGUCCAUUACAUGCUCAACAGCAACUUCCGCCAGGUCGCGCGCAUCGACAAGAGGACGUUGGCGGCGGAGCUGAACGUGUGGGCGACGUGUGAGCGGAUGUUGACUACUCGGGCUCUCAGCACGCGCACCACUGUACGAGUCCUGCACUGCGAUUUCAAAGCUGGCGCGACAUCCUCAUUCGAGCUUUUCGACCAGACCUCGUGGCAGAUGCACCUCUCGCGGGAGCCGACGACUUUUUCUGGCGAUGUGCCUGCUGUGCCAGAAGAGCGCAGGCGCCGCCCAG